UAUUUAUUAUUAAUGUUACUAAAUUUAUUUUAGAUGGCAAAGCCAAAAGGAGAGAAGAAGGGAAAGUCAGCUUUAAGUGAAGUUGUUACAAGAGAAUAUACAAUUCAUGUUCAUAAAAGACUUCAUGGCAUUGGCUUCAAGAAAAGAGCUCCUCGAGCAAUUAAAGAAAUCAGAAAAUUUGCUGAGAAACAAAUGGGCACACCUGAUGUUCGAAUUGACACAAGAUUGAAUAAAUUUGUUUGGUCAAAAGGUGUAAGAAAUGUUCCAUACCGAGUAAGAGUACGCCUAUCAAGAAAAAGGAAUGAAGAUGAAGACUCUCCUCAUAAGUUGUACACACUUGUUACUCAUGUUCCUGUAGCAAGCUUUAAAGGUCUUCAGACAGAAAAUGUUGAUGUUAGUGAAGCAUAAAUCCAAACUGUAAUUAAAAAUCAAUAAAAUAUUGAUAACGUGUCUGGAAACAAAAUUUGAUUAUUUUAAGAAA